AUGAAGUUCUCAACCGUUUUACUUUCUUUAUUACCAGCAUUAACACUUGCCCAAUCUCAAUCAAGCGAUUCAGAACAAACAUCAACAAUUUGGGUUGAAGCUAGUGAAACAUCAGCCUAUGAUUGGAGUAAAGAUUGGUAUAAAGAUUUCCCAGUUCACACAUCAUGUAAUAGAACAAAAUUCAAUCAAUUGCAAGCUGCUUUCCAAGAUGUUAAAGCUUUAGCAGGUCAAGCUCGUGAUCAUACUUUAAGAUAUGGUAAUGAAUCUAAAUUUUAUCAAAAGUAUUUUGGUAAUGCAACCACUGGUGAAGUUGUUGGAUGGUUUACUAAUAUUGUUGAUCAAGAUAAAACUGGUGUUUUAUUCAGAUGUGAUGAUAUUGAUCAAAAUUGUCAUCAAGCAGGUUGGGCAGGUCAUUGGAGAGGUGAAAAUGGUUCAGAUGAAACUGUUAUUUGUGAUCUAUCAUUUAGUAGUAGAUUAUUCCUUUCACAAAUGUGUUCCCAAGGUUAUCAAGUGACUAAAGAUAAAACAACAGUUUAUUGGGCUGGUGAUUUAUUACAUAGAAUAUGGCAUACAACUAAAAUUGGACAAGAUGUUGUUGGACAUUAUGCUGAUACUUAUGAUGAAUGUGUUGAAUUGGCAGAAUCAAGCCCUGAAGAAGCUGUUAGAAAUUCUGCAAGUUUGAGAUAUUAUGCUCUUGAAGUUUAUGCUUAUGAUGUGGCUGUUCCUGGUGAAGGUUGUAGUGGUGAUGGUGAAAGUCAUGAUCAUGAUCAUGCAAGUUCAUCUGAAUCUGCAACAGCUUCAACUGAAACCUCUGGUGGUUCAGAAUGUCAUACACAUGCUAAUGGUGAGACUCAUUGUUCUUGA